AUGCUUCGCUUGAAAAGAAUAGUCAAUGUCUGGGGGCCGGACUAUGAAUUUGAACUUAACGAACAAUAUGUGACGAUCAAAAUGCUAAUGGAAGAGGUCUACACCAAGUCGUGUGAAUGUCGUCUUUGGGCAUUGGUUCGUUUGACAGCAGGACUUUUGGGCAAACGUCUUGAGGAAUUGGGAAAAGCCGUUACGCACCUCCUCGUUCGUCAGAAGCAGAUAACUGUUGGCUUGCCGUCCAAGAAAGAGGAAGCCAUCACAAGUCCAAAAACCAACGAGGAACUUAAGGAAAUCAUGCAUAGAGCCUAUUCUGAUGAUCCAAAUGCUUUCACCCUUAGCCAGGAAAUAAUAGUUGCCCUUGGUUCUCUAGUCAGGACGGAGCCGAAGUUGUUUGUUGAAAUGUUCAGGUUGCGAAUUGGACUCAUUAUACAGGUUCUCGCUUCGGAGCUAGCUCGGAUCAGAAAGCUUUCUGCAGCUGACGCUGCUGAGAACUUGAUGACUAUAAGCCCGUUCGAACUCAAGUCUAUGCUAUUCUCGUUACUUAGUGGAAGACUUCUAGAAGAGUUCGUCGAUGAUUGCGAUGCUGCGAAAGAAACUCGCACUGGAAUCGGGAGCUUCAGGCGACACAUUGAAGAGAGGAAGUCAUUGCGCAAAUCGACAAGAAGCAUUCCUGAGCGUACUAUAGAAGAAGUUGAAGAGGAAGAAGAUGAAGAGCUCGCUGAAGAUGACUUCCAGUUCGGCAUCUGGCUAAGGCAUCGUCGUAUCGAUGGUGCACUCAACAGAGUGCCGAACAAUUUUUACGCGACAUUGUGGGAUACGGUGAAUCGACUUCCGCAUGGUGUUCGCAUCAACGACACUAUCCUGCACUGGGGUUUGACGCAGGAGAUGACUCGACGGGAGAUGAAGUUUGCACUUGAGGUAGAACAAGUGCUGAAUCGAAUAGCAGAGCCGGAGUAUAGAGAAAUGGUUGUUGAAGUCUUGUGGCUGUUGGGGAGACUGGAUCGUUUGGUGCAGAGCGACCAGCCGAAUAUUCCACGAGAUCGCCCUCUAGACAUUGAUGUUCUGCUCAGAAAAGCUAACGAAUUGUUUGUGAAGCACAACCGCGAAAUGGGCACUAUUGUACUUGAAUGCUGUGCAUCCGGGAAAAGGUGCGACGGAGCCCGUGGCCUUUGUCGUCAUCUUUACGACUCCGCUCCGGCUGGAGAAUUCGGCACAAGCCACUAUAUUAUCAAAGCGAUGAUGAUUUUGUUCACGUAA